AUGCUGCUGGGGUUGCCGGAAGAGGGAGUUCUCGUCGGGGCUCUGUGGAUCGCCGGAAAGGCGGAGCAACAAGGGCGACGAUCGAUUGCCGGCGGUGGUUGCGCGAGCAGCGAACAAAACUCACCGGAAAGAGGGAACUCGCGGCGGAGGAUCGUUGGAAAUCUGCCUGCUCGUGAAGGUCGCGAACGACACAUCGCGAGAAUCGGUCGCAGCUCAACCGCUCUCCCAAAUUUCCAGCCAAAACCACGGCAUCCCCUCCAGGAUGCAACCCUAAAUCGUCUCUAUUUAAACCACAGCAAGACCUCAGCCGCUCCCGACUUUUCCCGAUCUCAAAAUCCCUCGACCAAGCAGAAUCGGCGAUCGAAGCUCCUAUUUCCGGCGACUGAGAGAUUUGUUUUUUCAUGGCAGGCCGACGAGCACGGGUUCCAACUAAGAGCAGCGAUUUAUGGACUGGAGCAGGCAGUCCCGGCGACCCUCAAUUUGUGGCGAACGGCGAGGUGGCGCGGGCAAACCACGACAACAGAAGAAGCUUGGUUUCCGGUGGCUGACAUGAGCCGGCUAUUCAGUGGCGAGUCGAAGGCCACCUGA